AUGCUGCCAGUGCACUCCACCUUCGACCCCAGCAGCAGCCCCUCCCCCUACAGACUGUGGGCCUCUGCCGCUACCUACAGGCCAGGGGCGCACAUCACAGACUUACAGCUGGUGACAAAGGCCCGGUCAGCCGCGGUGAAGCUCCGGGCAGCUGCGGUGGAGGCCCGGGCAGCUGCGGUGGAGGCCCGGGCAGCUGCGGUGGAGGCCCGGGCAGCUGCGGUGGAGGCCCGGGCAGCUGCGGUGGAGGCCCGGGCAGCUGCGGUGGAGGCCCGGGCAGCUGCUGUGGAGGCCCGGCAGCUGCGGUGGAGGCCCGGGCAGCUGCGGUGGAGGCCCGGGCAGCUGCGGUGGAGGCCCGGGCAGCUGCGGUGGAGGCCCGGGCAGCUGCGGUGGAGGCCCGGGCAGCUGCGGCAGCAACCAGUUGUGGUGUGGUCCAGGUUAGCUCUGGUGGUUUCCAGGCCAACUGUGGAGGUAUCCAGGUUAACUCUGGUGGUAGCAAUGGUGGAGGCCUGGACUGCAGUAGUGAAGGCCUGGGCUGCGAUGGUGGGAGCCCAGGGCAGCUGCAGUGAUAUCCAGGGCAGUCUGAGGUCCCAGGGCAGUGUGAGGUCAGGGCAGGCUGAGGUCUCAGGGCAGGCUGAGGUCCCAGGGCAGGCUGAGGUCCCAGGGCAGGCUGAGGUCCCAGGGCAGGUUGAGGUCUCAGGGCAGGCUGAGGUCCCAGGGCAGGUUGAGGUCUCAGGGCAGGCUGAGGUCCCAGGGCAGGUUGAGGUCUCAGGGCAGGCUGAGGUCCCAGGGCAGUCUGAGGCCGUUUCUGAAGAACUUCUACCUCCUGUUUCAGUGACUCUGGAGGUGAAGAACAGCUCUGGGUUCUUCCAAGGCUUCCUCCUGCAGGCUCGAAGCAACAGGCAGACAGGGGUCAGUCAGGCUGAUGGACAGAUGAAGAGCCGGGUGCAGGUCACGUGGGAAGCACCAGACAACGGUAACCAUGGAGACGUCACCUUCAGAGCGACCGUGGUGCAGAGCUACUCUCAGUUCUGGGUAAACGUGAGCAGCGCUUCUGUGCAGCUGGAGAGGAGCCAAGGGGACCCUUCUGCUGUGAGUAACUUAAUGUCGUGGAGCACCUCCAGCACCGUAGCCAGGGACCAGGCCUGGGUCUCACAGCUGAAGGGACAGUGCUGGCCGUUCUCGUUGGUGAGUUCAGGGAGGCCUUUCCACGGAGAGCUGAGGAGAGAAGAAGAAGUCUGA